AUGAUUCUUGCUCAAACUAAUCAGGUGGUUCAUACGCAGAUCGUGUAUAAGCUUUACAAGAAGUCGUUGUUUUGCUCUUUCGUAUAUGCGGAAAACCAUUACAAGGAUAGAAGGGAGUUAUGGGAUGAUCUAUGCCAGCACCAGUUGUUUGUGUGUAAUAAACCGUGGACCAUUAUGGGGGACUUUAAUGCUACGUUGGAGAUGGAUGAUACGCUAACGGGCACAUCUUCGAUAAGUAUUGGCACAAGGGAAUUUAAGGAGUGUGUGAAUGCUAUUGAUGUGUUUGAUGUCAAUAGCUCGGGUUUUCAUUACACCUGGACGAACAAACAAAAGAGUGAGAAUGCAAUUUUUAAAAAGAUUGAUAGAGUCCUAGGGAAUGUGCAUUUUAUUGAUCUGUUUCCUGGUGCGGCGGCUCGUUUUUUGCCCUAUCGGGUUUCAGAGCAUACGCCAUGCAUUCUUGUCCUUCCUAAUGUGGAACGGAAUAAACCGAAACCUUUUAAGUUUGUCAAUUUAAUUGCGGAGAAGGGUGGGUUCCUUGAGGAGGUUAAGCGUGUUUGGGAAACCGAUUUUUCGGAUAUGCUAUGUUUAAAGUGGUCAAGAAACUUAGGCUCUUGA